AUGGUGGAAAAUCAAAGCCGCAAAGAGCCUCGAUAUCAGGCGCUCCAUAACGGGCGUCAAGCCAGAACUCUGCUCGGUUACCACCCAUUCUUCGAAGAAGAGCAUACAGGGCCCGAUCCACAGGUUUCAGACUGGAAACGCAAGGCCUUCAGGGCCGCCAUUGAUCUAGUCCUAGCCGUCGUACCUUUGCUCUUCGUCGUUUUUGGAAUCCUCGCGUGGAGGAACGACGGUCGGCACGCCGACCCCGGCUCUGUUGCUGUUCGCCUCGUCCUCAGCGCCAAAUAUGGCCCAACCGUUUUUCCAAUCAUGUUCACGGCGCUCAUCGAGUCGGCCAUGAAAGCCUUUGCUACGUGGAGGAUUCAACGCGGCACGACGCUCCGAAACGUCGAGCAGAUGAUGGGGAGCCACAUUAUUUCUGGAGCUUUCAUCACCCAGGCCGAAGUUCGAGCUGCCAACACAGUCGCAUUCCUCAUUGCGCUUCUCUGGACCAUGUCGCCGUUUGGGAGCCAGGCCUCGCUUUGGGUGGUUUCGAUUGGUGCCAACCUUUCAACCAGUGCCUCGGGCCUGGCGGUGAUGGAUACAUUCGUUGGAUACACGUAUUCGUAUGCCGAAGCCUGGGCGGAAGCCGAGAUGCUAGUCGGCCCUCCGCCUUCUCCAAGUUCUUUGGACCCUUUCCAUGGCACCGGUGUUGCCGGAAUGAGCUCUCCCCUGCUAUUAUUCAUGGCGGACCCAUUGAAGCCUAUCGGCUAUCUCAGCACUGAUAUAUACCAUUCAGGAAGAAGUGCCUUUGAGCUUCGCAUGGCUCAGAUUCUGAACUCUCUGCUUAUCAUAGGGACCCAACCGCAGAAAGUCACCGGACAGUCCAGCACUAUUUCCGGUCUCAGUCCAAGUGUCAUCGCCACGACAAAUUUUGAGCAGGAUGUCGUGUACUGCCAUAGACUAUGGUUGGUCGUGCUGCUUGUGGCGUCCCUAACGACCUUUCUAGUGGCCCUCGCGGCUGCUGGCUUGCGCAUUGUCACCACGGUGCCCGACGUGUUGGGCUCCCUAAUUAUUGUCAUGCUAGACAACCGAAUUCGUAGCGUUGUGGGCCGGUCGACGUGGAGUGCGAGUGAAUGGGCCGGGAUGUUGGGUGGUGUGAGGGUGCGGCUUGGAGAUAUUUCCAAUAUUUCCUCGUCCCAACAGGUUAAGCAGGUGGCAGUGACUGCUUCAAUGACAGAUAAGGAUAUUCGCAGAGGUUGA